CUCUUCCAUUUUGCUCUCUCUCUCUGAUUUUCUUGCAAACCCCAAACCUCCUCCAUCCAUGGCCGAUCAGCUCACCGACGACCAGAUCUCUGAGUUCAAGGAGGCUUUCAGCCUCUUCGACAAGGACGGCGAUGGCUGCAUUACUACCAAGGAGCUUGGCACUGUUAUGCGGUCCCUUGGGCAGAACCCAACCGAGGCUGAGCUUCAGGAUAUGAUCAACGAGGUUGAUGCUGAUGGGAAUGGUACUAUUGAUUUCCCAGAGUUCCUCAACCUGAUGGCUCGUAAGAUGAAGGACACUGAUUCUGAGGAGGAGCUCAAGGAAGCGUUCCGGGUGUUUGAUAAAGACCAGAAUGGCUUCAUUUCUGCUGCUGAGCUCCGUCAUGUUAUGACAAAUCUGGGCGAGAAGCUGACAGAUGAGGAAGUUGAUGAGAUGAUCCGUGAGGCUGAUGUGGAUGGUGAUGGACAGAUCAACUAUGAGGAGUUCGUCAAAGUCAUGAUGGCCAAGUGAGGAUCGGUUGACCAGAACCAAAAUUUGGACUUUAAAACAAAACAAAAAAAGGAACAUGGCAGAUAAGUUUAAAGAGAUUUAUAUCUCCCAUCAGGACAUCUUUAUUUGGUAUCGCUAGCUUUUGGUCCAUCCAUUUUCUUUUUCUUGUAUGCAUUAUUUGUGGUACUUUUCUGCUAGUAUGGACUUGUUUGAUCUCUCUUAGUAGCGUUGGUUUGAUAGUGUCCUACUCUAUUGGUAUUUUCAUUCUACUUUUGAUAUCCUGGACCUGGAACAUUGGGUGAAUUUGAUCUUUCAACUUGUGGGUGAU